AUGACGCCUUUCCCCUCCGCCGGAAAUGCGCGCGGCGCGGCCCUCUACCCGUUCCCCGCCUCCUGCCUCGCCACUCGCCUCCGACUGGCUAGCCGAGAAUCCCCUUUCCUGAUUGGCGGAGAGGGCGGCGGCGAGGCCGGGGCGGAGCGGGGUUUUCUGGGUAACCGGCGAAGGAGUCUCUCUGCGCGGCGGCGGCGGCCGCCAUGGCGGGCCGAGGGCCGCCGCUUUGCUACGCGCUGCUGUGCGGGCAGGCGGCGCUGCUGCUGGGCAACCUGCUGCUCCUGCAGGGCGUGCCGCGCAGCCUCCAGCACAACGCCACUCUCGGCCCCGAGCAGCCCGACGCGGAGCCCCCCGCCAGCGCCGGAGGCGCCUUCUCCUGCCAAGGCCACGGCCCCCACGGCCCGCUCGUGCGCUGCGACCACCUGUAAGGUCCCGCGAGACUUCCGGGAGGGGGGGCGGGGAGGCGGCCAUCUUCUCCCCCCUCGCCGGAGCCUGAGAGGCGGCUUCCUGGCGCAGCUCGAAUUGGCACCCUGGCCUCUCCCCGGCCCAGUCAGGCAGUGGAAUAUGGGAAGGGAGUUAAAAGGAUAUGGGGCCCAGGAGGCGGGUGAGGUCCGGCUGGGAUCUGUGACUGGGCUGGCCGAGGCCAGGGUUCAGAUCCUACCACAGCCAUGAAGCUCGCUGGGUAGCCUUGGGUCGUAGAAUCGCAGAACUGUAGAGUUGGAAGGGACAGUGAGCGUCAUCUGGUCCAACCCCCUGCAGCAGGACAGGAAUUUUUGCCCAACCUGGGGCUCGAACCCACAACCCAAGAGGCCUCACAACUUCUCAGUGUUGCUGGGAGGAUAAACGAGGAGAGGAAUCAUAGAAUCAUAGAGUUGGAAGAGACCACAAGGGCCAUCGAGUCCAACCCCCUGCCAAGCAGGAAACACCAUCAGAGCACUCCUGACAUAUGGUGGUCAAGCCUCUGCUUAAAGACCUCCAAAGAAGGAGACUCCACCACACUCCUUGGCAGCAAAUUCCACUGUCAAACAGCUCUUACUGUCAGGAAGUUCUUCCUAAUGUUUAGGUGGAAUCUUCCACCUAAGAACAGUGUUUGCCACCUGGAACUCCUUGGAGAAAAAGUGGGGUCUAAAUGUAGUAAAAAAAGUAAAAAAAUACCCUUGGCAUACUGUCUUGGCAGGUCUGCUUAGCAGAGGUAUGCGUCUGGCUGGCACUGGCCAGCUGUCACAUUAAGCAGCCUGGAGGAAUGCUAUUUUGGGCACCCUUGGCAGGGGCAAAACUAGGCUUUAUUUCACCCAGGUCAGAGACUCAGUAUGGCACCCCCUCCCCCAUGCAUUUGUGUACUUACACACAAGCUGUGAGCCUCAAUGGCACCCCUCUGGAGGCUUCACCGUCCUAGGGUAAAAAACCCCAGCUAGCCCCCACCCCCUGGUAGUUACAGCCCUGCCCUAGGGCACUGUUGGAAAUUUUAAAUUGUGUCCUGUAGUUUCUUGCUGCCCGGUGUGGUGAGGGCCAGAGGAAGCAUCAAAAUUGGUGGGCCCUGGUGGGUGUUCAGAAGUGCUGAGGAGUGCAGUGAGGACUGCAAGGUGAGGACACAACCUCUGGGGGCAGGAGUCAGGAUCCACAGGGGCAGUAGAUCUGGCCUCCAAGGAAUGUAUAGCCAGUUCUACAGUAGCAACUGCUGUGGUGUGUUUCUUGGAGGCCAGAUCUGCCACUUCCUUGGCAGCCCCUGCCCCAUGCUGCCUCUACAGUGGCAGCAUGGUGAAUAGGAGGUGCUGCUGGUUUCCUCCCACUCCAGGGAGAAAAUGGCAGGGGCUGCUCCUGGGGUCAUAAUUUGAGGCCGGUGGAGGGUGGCACAGUGUUUUGCUGCAUCUCUGUUGCCAAAAUGUCUUGGAAUGGUCCUGGGUAGUGAUAGGCAUUGUGACUUAAGGCGCAUUCAGUCCUACACUCUAAGGUCAACUUUAAAAAAAUUACUUCUGUACCGAUUGCAUUGUUUUAAAAAAUCCAGACAGAAACUUCAGCAAUAAAGGACUAUACUGCCAGCUCAGAGUAGGAGUCAGCUGAGAUGGUGGUUUAAACACAGAUGCAAAUCCAGUUGCUACUGGCGUAAACUGAUGCUUUCUGGGCACACAGCUGUGAAAGCUCCUUAGUUUAGUUUAGUUUAUGUGUGAAGAACUAAAGGGAUAAGGAUGGAACACAAAGGGUUUUUUAACAGUGGAAGGCUGUGGCUUGUGCAUGGAAGGAUGAGUGGUGCUGGGGUGGAAGACAUAGGCGUUGCCAAAGUCUAGGGCUGGGAUAUGAAUCGGAGCAAACUGGAGGCAAGACAAAGGCCUGGAGGGGAGUGGCAGAAGUUGAUGUUGGGCAAAGAGAGGGGAUGGUUGAUGGGAAAGGGAGAAGGGAGUGUGUUGGAAAUGGAGUAUUAAACUUGAUGGCAGGUGUCUCGGGUCAAGGAUGAAAGGUUAGGUGCAAGCAGUAAACUGCCCCAGUUAGGAAGGUACAGUAUGUUGGAGAGGCUGCUACGGAAGCAGACUGGAGAAGGGAUGGGGUUAAAUUGAUGCUAGCCUGAUCAAUCUAAGGAAACUGGGGAACAUUCAUGAAUUACUGCUGUGCUCUGACUUCAGCCUUUGUUCCAGCUCUUGGUCCUUGUUGCUUCUGUACUUAACUCUGGAGCCAGUGUGAUGUAGUGGUUAAGAGCGGUAGACUCGUAAUCUGGGGAACCGGGUUCGCGUCUCCGCUCCUCCACAUGCAGCUGCUGGGUGACCUUGGGCUAGUCACACUUCUCUGAAGUCUCUCAGCCUCACUCACCUCACAGAGUGUUUGUUGUGGGGGAGGAAGGGAAAGGAGAAUGUUAGCCGCUUUGAGACUCCUUCGGGUAGUGAUAAAGCAGGAUAUCAAAUCCAAACUCCUCCUCCUCUUCUUCUUCUUCUUCUUCUUCUUCUUCUUCUUCUUCUUCUCAAAAUCAAACUCACCUUGUGGUUUAUUUGCAGACCUGAGGAGUUUGUAGAGUGUGAGGCUCCCAUGGAUCAUGGUGGAAAUGCAAGUGCACGAGAGGAACUGGGCUAUGGAUGUCUCAAGGUGGGCUCAAAAGGGAUUAUUUUGCUAGUCUAAUAUUAGAUAAAUGUCUGGCAAAUUUGGGGUAGGGAUAAAGAGAGGCUCGAUUUCCUGCUCCCUAUGUUCCAAGAUAAAUGUACAUUAUGGAAAAUGUAUACUUAAAACAAGGAAUCUAGCCUAAUAAAUUCUCAAUUCUGUCCGCUGUUGUUGUUUUGUCCCUGUAAUAGUUUGGUGGUCAGGCAUAUAGUGAUGUGAGCCACACUCAGGUCCAAUGCAAGGCACUGGAUGGCAUCGAAUGUGCAGGCCAGCGGACCUUUCGGCGGGGGAAUAAGCCAUGCAUAAAGUGAGUUUCCUUUUUGCUUUGUUUCUUGAGAUUAUUGAACCCAGAAUUCCUUUACAACACUCAUUGUGUGACAGGCAGUGCACAGGCUCAUCCCCACUUCUGUUUGUGCCAUACUUUCUAGCCACAGCUCUAUGUCCAAGCUGCCUUUUUUUGGUCCAGCUAUGACACGGACCUUGUUUGCCACUGAAUCGGAACAAACAUCAAUUUUCAACAAACAUCAGUUUUCCGUGAAUUACAGUUUGUUCCAAUUCAGAGGUAAACAGCAGGUUUUCCUGGGGAAAACGGCAGGACAACAACAACAACAACAAACUUAUUGAAAAUGGACCUAGAGAUCAUGGGCCUGUGCCUAGAAAGCGCAGCACAAAUGGAAGUGUGGAUGAGUUCUAUGCAAGACAGAUCUGACUCUCCUCUCCCAUAUUGUGCCUUACUGACUUCAAGUGUAAGGAACUAUUCUUGCUCACAAACGAAGAGUAAAUGCAGGUCUCUUCACUGUUCCAGCCAAGGCCUAUGUAGGCACAGUCUAGUACAGGGGUAGUCAACCUUUUUAUACCUACUGCCCACUAAUUCAUCUUUCCUUACAAAUUUCCUUACUGCCCACCAGUGCUCGAUGGAAGAAGGAUUCAGCUUGUGCCAUAGAACCCCCUACCACCCACCUAGAAUCCUGAAAUGCCCACUAGUGGGCGGUAGGGACCAGGUUGACAACCCCUGGGCUAGUACAUUUUAAGUACAGUACAUAGAGAUUCUGUGCAUGCUCCUUUAUGCCCAUUAGAGGGAACUGUUGUACAGUGAAGGCAAGGGUGGAUACCAGCUCACCAUGUGAAAGUUUUAUUCAGUUUUGUUCUCUCUCAGAUACACGGGGCACUACUUCAUAACUACUCUCCUCUACUCCUUUUUUUUGGGCUGCUUUGGAGUGGAUCGCUUCUGCCUGGGGCACACAGGCACAGCUGUAGGGAAAUUGCUCACUCUUGGAGGACUUGGGAUCUGGUGGUUUGUGGACUUGAUUCUUCUUAUCACUGGGGGACUGAUGCCCAGUGAUGGAAGCAACUGGUGUACCAUUUACUGAAAGUCUACAACUCUGACUGGACCUAAACCAAAGAAGAAAUGGGAGGAGAUUCUUUGUUCAGCUGGAGGUCUAAUGUUUGGAUCGUGUCUUGUAGCAGGUAUAGAGGCUACACUGGUGUACUCAUUUUGCUGUGGAAUGACAUCCUUCUAAAAUGGAAAUACCAUAAAAAUGCAAACCAUAAUUCUGCUAUACAUACCUCAUUGUCUUGUUUAAAUGGAAGCUAUGCUUUCCCCAUCCACAAGGACCUGGGAAAACUUCUGCCCAGGUAGAAUAAACCUCAAAAAUGGAUUUACAACUGUCAUGAAGGUAUUGAAGUUCUUUAUAUCCUUACACACUUGUGUACGCUCUAGGAGGUGCCAAAGUAGUAACUGGCUUACCCUACUCUGCUUAAUCCUAGUUCUCAUUGCUAUACACUUUAGAAGAGGUUUUCCAAAUAAGUUUAUGCCGCCUAUAUUAGCUGAAAAUACCUAAUGAAGUUGAUGUAACUGCAAAAGUUACUUUCUUGUUUGAUUUUAGCUCACGCUGGCAGGACUGUUUUCCCAUAAGAAUGUUGGCCCACAGGUCCACAUGAGACAGAAUGCUCCCUUAAGUUUCCCUUUCUUGUAAAAGGACGUGAAGUCUUCGGGAUUGCAUCCUCAUUCUCUGUUAAUCUGAUAUUGUGAUGGGAUGUGGGGGAGUAGUUAUCUUGACAUUUAGCAAUGUCAAGCCCAAUUUAUUGCAGAACUUCUGAAUGUUUUUGCAAAGCCAGAGAAACCCAAGUGUAGUAAACUGCCCCUGCCCUCCCCAAAUGGCCAUUUGCUGGCUCAUUUUAAUAAAGUAGGGGAAUUGGACUAUUUUCAGUAUCAGCCACAAUUUAAAUUGCAAUUAAUGAGGAAGAAUGCCUCUUCUCAGUGUGUUAGACUGACAGCAGUACCUGAUUAGUCUUUCCUAACCUCUAUUUAAGUAUGUUCUAGUGACUAAUGAUCAGUCCAUGCUGUAGGUCAGGCCUGUGGCUGGUUGGCGGUGUGUGUGUGUGUGUGUGUGUGUGUGUGUGUGUGUGUUAAUGCAUGUGUACUAUUCAGUAACAGCAUGUAAAAUGUAUUUCCAUGUUGAGCAGAUGCAGGGUUUUUUUAAAAGCUGAUGGGUAAGAAUAAAGUUUGGAGAUCUUAAACUUAAA